GUGCUCAUAGUCUAGAAUUUACUAUAGGGAUCACAACAAGGUGCACUAUAAAAGCCAAACAGAGGAUUCGAAUGAGGAAAGAAAUCCUUGGAGAUACACAUGUUGUGAUAUCAAUGCUCAAACGAUAUACUGUUCAGCCCUAACUGGACGUAAACAAUGUCAGCAAGGAAGCCUUCAGCGAACAAGAACAUUAAAAAGCUGCGUACUAUAAGCAUGGUGUGCAGCAUAACACGGAGCUGGCAGCAAUGGGUGAGCGAAAAUGAAGAUAAACAGUCCAGCGAGCCCAGCGGAUGGGCACCAUGUUAUGCAGGAGACCCCACAGAUGAUAAAAAAGAAGCAGCGAAGAACAAACUCUCUCAAAAAGCCCUACAAACCACUACAAGUGAAAAUAAGGAUAAUGUGGAGCCCGCCGGAGAGUCGCGCAUCAAAACCACACAUGUUGUAAAAACUGUGACGAGGGACGUUCAGGAAAGGAGUGCAGGAAUUGACUUUUUGACUAAACGUAUCUGUAAGGACCAGGUGACAGAUGAACUGGACAAGAUGCUGAACAAGAAAGGGUCUCCAACGCGGCGCCGUAAAUGCUCUAAUAUGGUUUCGGAGCUGACGCGGGGCUGGAAGGAAAUGGAAAAGGAGAAAAAGCAGGAUCAUGGGGAUAAUGAGGAUACAGGAACCAAUCAGGAGGAGUCAGAGAAUAACAGGAGCAAUGAACAUACAGAGUCUGCGGUCGCAAUCAAGAGAUCCUCUGUUCCUGGGGGCAAAAAGGACAUUGAAGAUGCCAACAAAAUAAACAACUUGUCCAAGAAAUACAGCACUGUGGGCAACUUAAAAAGCCGCUGGCAAAACUGGGCAUCAGAGCACACCAUCAAUCAGAAGCUGAACCCCUUCAGUGAGGAUUUUGACUAUGAAUACUCAAUGUCGACGCGUCUGCGCAGGGGCGAGGAGGGAUACGGGAGACCGAAAGAGGGCAGUAAAACUGCAGAAAGGGCCAAACGUGCUGAAAAACACAUCCACCGUGAGAUAGACGAUAUGUGUUUCGUCAUCAGGACCAUGGCGGACCCCGAUCCAGACGGCUGCACCAGAGUGACAUUUGGAGAGCUGUUCGACAGAUACGUGCGGAUCUCCGAUAAAGUCGUCGGAAUAUUAAUGAGGGCCCGGAAGCAUGGAAAAGUGGCUUUUGAUGGGGAAAUGCUGUGGCAGGGUCAAGAUGAUCACGUCAUUAUUACUCUGUUAAUAUAGACUUCAUUAUUCUUUCGUGAUGAACGGAAAAAUGUUGGUAUUGAGUAUAUGCUGAAGAACUUUUCAUUUUCAGUAACACGGUGUUGUGCUGAGAAAUGCACCCCUUCUAUAAAAUGCACCGCUUCUGAAAUGUGCAUCUAUUAACUUAAAUUGAUGCAAAUGUUUAAUAAUACAGUUAUAACACUAAUGAGAGUGACUGAGGUGAGUUUCAUGAAUAGAACCCUUCCUUUACAUUAGAUAUAUUUUUAUAAAUAAAUAGAUUGACUUUUAAAACAAUACAGAUGAGAUUAAGUGAAGCUAAUUGGUUAAUCUGUGGUUUAAAUAAAAACAACAGCAAUUAUAUGUUUUCCAUGUAAAUGUUUGUUUAAAAAAAAUUUUAGGAAAAAAUUUUGUUUAAAAAAAAUUUUAGGAACAAGCUCAUUACAUCAGUCUACACCACAGUCAAACUUUUUUAUUUGACAUUUAUUUGGAAACCUAGCGCUUUUUAAAAUGUGUUUCGCCUCUUGUUCUUGCUUUAUUCAUCAAAAUAAUAAUCAUAUUAUGUUUUAAUCAAUUAUGGCCUUUGAUUUUUUAAAAUGUAGACAGAGAAUGCUACUGAAAGUGUAUGAGAUGGGUGCUUUUCAUGACAGAGGUGCAUUUAUCGGCACAACACCAGCUCAAGCGCUUCGCUGAACCGUUACAAAAUGGUUGUUGUCUUUAAAACUCUGUAAUCGUCACUGCCUGAUUGAUAUAUGACAUAAAGUGGGUCUCAGACUAUACAAGAAGCACUGCAUUGUCCCAUGCCAUGUCUAUAAAAUAUGGAUUUUUCCCCCUACUGAUAUGGAAGUUUAUCAGUAGGGGGAAAAACACUAGCUUUGGUCUAGGAUUCUGAUAUUAUGAUAAUAUGGAUAUAAAUAUCAUGGGUUCACUGUACGGUAUUGUGAUUCCUGCUCUAAAAUUAGUUUUAUUUAUUGUCUGAGUAAAAAAAACAACUGUUUUUUCCCCAUUGAACACAAUAUAUUUCAUUUUAAGAAACAUUUAUAAUAUUUUGGAACAGUUAACAUGUCAGGCUAAUUAACUAAAGUAAAUCUAUUGACUUCUGCUGUCCUCAUUAGUCAUGGUUGAAUAAACAUAGGUUCAUUAACUAAUGGAAGCUUAUUGUAAAGUGUUACUGGAUUAAUAAUAUUACGGCUCUACAUGUUUUGUAAAUUUGCAGUAUGUGUACUGUACUGUAUGCUUUACAGUUUGCAAGUUUACAGACAGUUUUCUGAGCUGUCUCAGCUCAUGAGUGUGUGUGUACAGGUAUAUGUGUUUUGCAAGGACACAAAGUAGUAUAAUGAAAUAGGUUGCUUUUAGGUGGCUGUGUCCCAUAUGGCUAUGGAGAGUCCUUCUAAACCAUGUAUACAAGUGUGUGUGUGUGUGCGUGCGUGCGUGGGGCACGUCAUGAUUUUCCCAAAUAUGAUGUGAUCCUGGACUAACAUCUAUGUUGAUCCUGGAACAUAAUUUUUUUUGGAAAAUGUAACCCAUACCUAUUGCCUACUCGUAAACCUAACCAUAACUGUACAUUAUUCCCAAAAUCAGAGAGGAAUAAUAGAUGGAUAACAAUCAUGCGGAAGUGCAUAAACCUAACCAUAAGCCUAAACUUAAACCGUUGAUUCUGAUUGGCUGAUUGGAAUGUUGUUUCAGGAUAGAUGUUCAUCCAGGAACCUGUCCUACUUGGUGAAAUCAGGUUGGCGGUAUGUGUGUGUGUUGUGUGUGCGUAUUUUGCAUGACAUGGCGUGUUUAUUGCGUUUGUGUGUACACGUACAAAGUACUUAAAUAAGCUUAAAUGAUUCAGAUUUUGGUUGUUGUUUCUAGCUUUUGCAUUAAGGCUGUACAGUAAAACCAAAAAGGGUUGGAAGAUUAUUAUUAUUUGUACUGUAAGUGACACAGUGUGUCAUACUGUAAAUUAUCCAGAAGAGGGAGCAGGUGCACUAACACCACCGUUUUCCCUUUGCCAUGUAGUAGCAGGUAUUAUGAAACUGGAUCUGAAUUGAGUACAUUUUGUACUUUUAAUAAAAUGCAAAUAUUUAAGCCAAA